UCCAUCUUGCCUUUGUAGAAGCACGGCGUGACCACCAGGACGGCAUCAGCUCCGGCCGCCGCCAUCUUUUCCGUCAGUUGCAGCGUGGCUCUGCUGGCUGAAUAACAUCACAAAGAGCAAUAACACACACACACACACACACACACACACACACACCAUAACUUACAUUCACAGCCUGAUCCAGCCAUGACCAGUUUGUCAGCAGGCAGCAAGCGUCUCACCCUCCUCACCACCUCCACACGCUCGUCCUCCAUCAGGUAAGGGUACUCGCCAUUGGAGCCCUGGACCACCAGACCUGCAAACAAACAGAUGCUUUUUAAAUUUUUUUUAUUUAUUUUUAUUUAAUUUUUAUUAUUUUUUUUAUUAUUAAUUGGUUAUGUGACAGGUCAGAGCUACUUGUCAAAUAUUUAUAUCAAAGUUCCAGGCUCUAUAGUCCUUGAUUGGGUUCCAGAAAGAUUUGUGCAGUAGCACCAACUCAACACCGGAGGUCGACAACCGCCCGCCUGUUGAUCUGUGAACCCGAUUUAACAAUAUUUAUUAAAGUUGAAAAACAUUUCAAAUGAAAUUUAUUAUUAUUAUGUGCUAUCUUUUAAUGAAUAAACGCUGUAAAGCAGUGAUACAAUUUAGCAUGAGCUCUUCUACUGACUGAUUUUGGUCAGAGUUUCAUACUAUAUUGGUUAAAAUAAAGUAUGUUUACAUUAAUAUAUUAUAAUAUAUUAUCUAAUAAUUAUAUUAUAAAAUUAACAUAGCGUGUCUUUAACUUUUAUCUACGUUAACUACAUUUGUUUGGACCGGCAUUGUUUGUGUCCGAGGCAAAUACGUGCUUUUUUUUUUAAGAACCGGAAGUUAAGUGACAUUUCCGGUUAACAGGUGGCGCUUUCCGGUCAUUUUUAUCUUUGACUUUCCACUCUACCGAGGUUAAUAACUAAGGAAGUGACGAAUGUUGUUUUUUUAUAUUACUAUGACGAAAUGUUGCUACAUUUACCUUUAAAUGGUAUCUGUGCGUACUUGUGAAGGUUCUGGUCCAACUUGUUGUAGUCCACGUCCUCCUGGGGGGUGAAGGGGGUUGCAAUGGGCGGGUAGAUCCCACUCAGGUCCAGCCGGGCAGCCGCUGCAGCUUCGUGGCUCCGGUUUCGGCGACUCCAGGUUCUGACCCAGUGGGCCGUUCUCGUCCAGGUCGUGGACCUCAACAUGACGUGGUUCUACUCUGAACUGACCCAGCCAACCGGACUGACUGGACUUUGAGCUGCCUGGUUAAAUAUUGACGGAAGUUCUGUUGGUUCUGCUCAGUUGUUGUCAAAUGUUUGACUUUCGUUUACCUACCGUAACGCUCAUUGUCAGACCACGUGACACGUAUUGUUAGGACUCGCGCGUCCUCUUGUGGCAGUUUGGACUCCUUGCAAACCCGGAAACCACAGACAUAGAUGGACGCCGCAUCGACUGGGGGAAAUAAGACGAUCAAACGAGGUGAUGAAGACACUCUCCCAGUUCUCCAUUAGCCUUGACGUUGCCGCCAUCUUGUGGACUUCGACUGUCACAGUUGUAGACUGAGAAGCCAUGUUUGUAGUUCUUUAGCUACGGUAUUUACUUAUUCAGUGGAGCUGACUUCAUGUUCUAUAAUUAGCAAGCAGUGACGUCACAGUGCAGAAGCCCUGAACGCAGCAGCAGCAGAAUCUCUUCCUCCACAUGGACCGGAACCAGGCAGCAGCACGUGACGGAGGAGUCCCGGACUGAGAGCCCAUCAUGUCUGUGGAAUACGGCGCCUCCUUCCUCUUCAUCGUCUUGUCUCCAUCCAGGUUCCUGCUGCUCUCCCUGGCCGCCAGGCUUCUGCUCCUCCCCGGCCCAGCGCUCGCCUUACUCGGCUUCCGUCCGGAGGAGACCGGGGCGGAGCUGUCCGUGGAGGACGGGGUGCUGAAGGCCACCGAGGGGACCCGCUUCAUGCUGCGGGUGUACUACUACUCCUCCUCGCAGAGGCUCAACCGGACGGCGGCCACUCGCACCAACAACGCCGCGCCCUGGAUCGCCUUCAUCGAGGAACCGGCUCCUGGCCGGGAGGGCCAGGCUCGGCCCAAGAGGAACACGUGCACGGACGGGUCCACGUCCGAUAUCAUGAUCCUGGGCUCCUUCAAGUCGGAGUCCAGCCAGAACUCGGUGCUGGUGGAGCUCCUAGCCAAGGAGCUGCGGCGAGGGGAGAAGAUCAAGUACUACUCCAUGUGCGCCUUCGACGGGUCCAAGUGGGAACACUACCGGACUCGGGACUUCUGGGUGGCCGUGGUGGAGCGUUCGGCGGCUCCGGAACUGUGGCUGCAGGUUCUGGUGUCCGUGCUGCUACUCGGCCUCUCGGCGCUCUUCAGCGGGCUCAACUUGAGCCUGCUGGCGCUGGACCCGGUGGAGCUGCAGGUUCUGCAGAACAGCGGAACCGCCACGGAGCAGAAGUUCGCGAGGAAGAUCGAGUCGGUGCGCCGGCACGGCAACUACGUUCUGUGCACGCUGCUCCUGGGCACCGCGCUCAUUAACGCCUCGCUGGCCGUGUGGAUGUGUCAGAUCCUGGGCAUGACGUGGAUCUCCACCGCCAUCUGCGCGCUGGGCAUCUUCUUCAUCGGGGAGAUACUCCCGCACUCCGUGGCGUCCCGGCACGGCCUGGCUAUAGCCUCCAGGACCAUCUGGGUGACUCGGCUCCUCAUGGUGCUCUCCUUUCCUAUCUCCUACCCCAUCAGCAAACUGCUGGACCUCAUCCUCAACCAGGAGAUCUCCAACUUCUACACCCGGGAGAAGCUGCUGGAGAUGCUGCGUGUCACCGACCCUUACCACGACCUGGUCAAGGAAGAGCUCAACAUCAUUCAAGGCGCUCUGGAGCUGCGCAGCAAGACGGUGGAGGACGUCUUGACCCCGUUGGGCGACUGCUUCAUGCUAGCCAGGGACGCCCUGCUGGACUUCAACACUAUGACGGAGGUGAUGGAGAGCGGAUACACGCGCAUCCCCGUCUACGAGGACGAGCGUUCCAACAUUGUGGACAUCCUCUUCGUUAAGGACUUGGCCCUGGUGGACCCGGACGACUGCACGCCGCUCAAGACCAUCACGCAGUUCUACAAGCACCCGCUGCACUGCGUCUUCAGCGACACCAAGCUGGACGCCAUGCUGGAGGAGUUCAAGAAAGGAAAGUCUCACCUGGCCAUCGUGCAGCGCGUCAACAACGAGGGCGAGGGCGACCCCUUCUACGAGGUGAUGGGCAUCGUCACGCUGGAGGACGUCAUCGAGGAGAUCAUCAAGUCAGAGAUCCUGGACGAGACCGACCUCUACACCGACAACCGCAGCAAGCGUCGCGUGUCUCAUCAUGAGAGGAAGCAGCAGGACUUCUCCAUCUUUAAGCUGGACGAGAACGAGAUGAAGGUCAAGAUGUCCCCUCAGCUCCUCCUGGCCACGCACCGAUUUCUGUCCACAGAGGUGGAGCCCUUCAAGCCCGCCCACAUCUCGGAGAAGAUCCUGCUGAGGCUCAUCAAGCACCCCAGUGUGGUCCAGGAGCUUAAGUUCGACGAGAGGCACAAGCUGGCGUCGCAGCACUUCCUGCUGCAGCGCAACAAACCGGCCGACUACUUCAUCCUGGUGCUGCAGGGUCGGGUGGAGGUGGAGUUUGGCAAGGAGGCGCUCAAAUUUGACAACGGAGCUUUUUCUUACUUUGGGGUUCCUGCCCUCAUGCCAGCAGAUCCCAGGUCGCCAUCUCGCAGCAACGCUUUGGAUCGCUCCGAGUCUACACCGCACGGGGCUGCCGCCAGCUUAGCGAAUGGGGGACCCAACGUCUACCUGCCAGACUACUCGGUCAGACAGCUGACGCACCUGCAGAUCCUCAAGAUCACCAGGAGCCAGUACCAGAACGCCGUGACCGCCACCAUGAUGGACAGCUCACCUCAGACGCCCGACGCGGACACUUAUCUUGCGGAGGCCUCGCCGCCGGAGCCCGCCACCACCUGCACCACCCUCAUGCCCCCGCCCAGAGACAUCGGGCGGCCCGCUUCGGCAAAAACACGAGGACACCAGUCCAGCGUCCCUCACAGCACAUCGCUGCUCAACGAGAGGAACCGCAUCGUGCGGAGUAAAUCAGACGGCCAGAGGAGUCUGAGCGAUUCCGUCUUCCUGAGGAUGGAUGACAUCCCCAACAUCGGAGAAGACAGGCCGGAAGCGAUGGACGACGACAUUGGCGACGUUUCCACGGCAACGGAUACGUCUCCUUUCAUCAGCAGCAUAUCUCGGAGCAGCUCGGAGGACACGCUGGGAAAGAAACUCCUCCUCAAACUCAGUAACAAGAAGAGACGAAAGUCCCGCGAAGGUGACAAAACGCCGGACGACACGACAGAACGAGGUCAAACCUAGCUCCGGCUGCAGCUAGCGCCUCCAGGUGGCGACAACACGUCACGAUGAACGUCUCCAUGAGGACGACGAUGGUAUAUAUACGUGAGACGUAAUAUGAAUGUAAAGACGUUUAUGGGUUGGAUGAAGGACGACACCAAAGAUGUCAACACCGCACAGCAAGUCAACUGUGUGGAGUUUGCAUGUUCUCCCCGUGCAUGUGUGGGUUUUCUCCGGGGAUUCCGGUUUUCUCCGAAAUUCCAAAAACAUGCUAGGUUAAUUGGCGACUCCCAAAUUGUCCAUAGGUAUGAAUGUGAGUGUGAAUGGUUGUUUGUCUAUAUGUGCCCUGUGAAUGGCUGGCCACCAGUCCAGGGUGUACCCCGCCUGUCGCCCGAAGACAGCUGGGAUAGGCUCCAGCACCCGCCGUGACCCUCGUGAGGAUAAGCAGAAGAAAAUGAAUGAAUGAAUGAAUGAAGGUAGUUAAUGGCUUGGCAGUUAAACCUGUUUUUUCCCAUGCUAACAUUUUCAGCUAAAAUAUUUGCAAAAUGUUGCCUCAAUUUUCAUGGAUUUAACAAAGGAGUCGUUAAGAUUGGCCAAACAAAGCACCCUACACGUUGCUGAGUCACUGUCCAUGCCUUUUUUUGAAAUAAAAAAAAAAUUGUCACGGGGCCUAAGAAAGAUGUUAUUCUAUCCAUCUAACAUAACAGUGACAAACUUUAUGUAUGUAUGUAUGGCCACUUUGAAGUUAAAGGCUAUGUAUGUAUGUAUGUAUGUAUGUAUGUAUGUAUGUAUGUAUGUAUGUAUGUAUGUAUGGCCACUUUGAAGUAAAAGGCGAUUUAUGUA